ACAAAACAGAGAAUGAUAUAAAUGCCUCAAAACAUAACUCUCGCAUAAAAAAAACAUGAAUACUUCUAUAAUAUGUAUAGUUUUAUUCCUCUGCAUUAUCAAAAUUUAAUAAAAUAGUGAAUUAAUACAAUUUUAAAGUUUAUUUAAUCCGUGUGACACAUUUUCACAGGAGAUUCACAUCUGUAUUACCUCAUCUGUGGUAUCGCCCAUCACUAGCACGUGAUUGAAAUCAAAAUGGCGUCUAAAAGACCUGAAAAUCGUGGUCCUCCAGAACUGUUUUAUAACGAAGAAGAAGCAAGAAAAUACACAUGUAACUCAAGAAUGAUUGAUAUUCAAGUAUCUCUCACGGAAAGAGCUUUAGAGUUACUGGGUAUGAAUGAUGAUGAACCGAAAUUCUUACUAGAUAUAGGUUGUGGUUCUGGUCUUAGUGGAGAUGUUCUCUCUGAAGCUGGACAUUAUUGGCUUGGUUUUGAUAUAAGUAAAGCUAUGUUAGAUGUUGCUAAAGAAAGAGAAGUUGAUGGAGAUAUUAUUCUGCAUGAUGCUGGACAACGUUUGCCAUUUCGUCCAGGAUCUUUUGAUGGUUGUAUCUCUGUAUCUGCUCUACAAUGGCUGUGUACUUCAAACAAGAAGGAAGAUAACCCUGUGCGACGUUUACAUACGUUUUUCUCUUCAUUAUAUGCAUGUUUAUCUCGCGGUAGCAAGGCGGUGUUUCAGUUCUAUCCAGAGAACCCACAACAAAUGGAACUAGUGACAGCUCAAGCGAUGAGAGCAGGCUUUACUGGAGGCAUUGUUGUUGAUUAUCCGAACAGUAGCAAAGCAAAGAAAAUAUUCUUAUGUCUUUUCACUGGUGGGAACUCAAGUUCUCUCCCUCGAGGUCUAGGAGAAGAUGUCACAGGGACAGUUGGCAAUGAAGUACGGUUCUCAGGCAAGCGAGAGCGUUUAACAAAACCACAGUGGGGUAAAGCACCCAAGAAAAGUAAGGAUUGGAUUGAAGCAAAGAAAGAAAGAAGACGUCGUCAAGGGAAAGAGACAAGGCAUGAAUCAAAAUACACUGGACGAAAACGAAGACCUGUAUUUUAAUGACUGUGGUACCGGGUGUAUGUGGAAAUAAAUUUUAAAAAACCCUUUGAUUUGGAUUUGCUAAAAAUGGCCUAUUCUCUAGCAUCUUAAUGUUGCAAAGCCUUGCUAUUAACAUGUAAGUGGCCUGAAAUACAUAUGGCCUCGACAAAUACACUUUAAUCAUGCACAGAACUAAAUAGUGCUCUUUUAUUCAUUUAAUAUAUACACCCUUUCCAUAAUUACGUCAUUUGGCCUGGGAGCCCCACUCUCAUGAAUCGUGAGCCAUUCACCUUGAGUAAUUUACUAAUGAGAGCAAGGCACCAAGACCAAAAAGUAUGUGUGACAUAAUUAUUGAAAGGGUGCAUUAUCUCAUCAGAAACUGUAAAAUGGUAUUUCCCUAUGUGUACAUAUUUAUGAAAAAUGCUUAACUGGGAAGCAGCCUUUAGGCCAGUAAAUAUCAAUUACUUGUUUUGAAAUAGACUUCACUACAGUAUGCUUGAGUUGACCAUGCUAAACACUAACUCUUUGUUCCACCAUCAUGGUGAAUAAAUAAUAUGAUUAUGCAGUUUUUUUCCAAAAUUAUGAUUCUUCC